AUGAGCCUGGACGAUUGGAUCAGGCUGUUCAGUGACGAAGGUCAAAGGACCAGCUAUGUUGUGCACUAUCCGCCGCCGAGAAGCACCACGCUAGAGCCAGCAUUGGCAAGCUACAAUCGCUCGAUACCGAUCACGACGGCUUCACUUAACGAGCGAGUAUCUGCCAGUCCACAGCGCACUAGACGAAGACUAAGCUACUCUGAUCCGCCAGAAGGUCUCAACGCAAGCUCGGACGUUCAGAGCGUCUCUUUGCAGAGCUUGGUAGACUUGAGAGGCGAUCCUGCUUACCUCAUCACGCUCAGACGGCACCUCUACGCCUUUGCGCUUGAUUCUGAGCAUGCUUUACCCUACUUCUUUGCGACCCCAGUCGGGCUCAGGGGAGCGCAUCAGUCUGAAGACCCGAAUUGGUCGCUGUCCGCCUCACAACGCGAGGUAGCUCAAAACAACGAGGAGCCAGAAUAUUCUGCGAGCCGUAGGGGACACCCUUGCGGUCAUGUAUUCAAGAAAGGCGAAACAGUCUAUCGAUGUUUGCAAUGCGGCGCAGAUGAUUCGGUCGUGCUCUGUUCUAAAUGCUUUCAUAGCUCGUCUCAUCGCGAGCACGAGAUCACUUUCAGCAUCCAUACAAGCGGCUGUGGAUGUUGCGACUGCGGUGACGUCGAAGCAUGGGAUCAAGGUGCAUCGUGUAGUCUACAUGCGGCUGCGGGUGCAUCCUCAAGCUCCUCGUCUACAUCACAUGACGAAGCAGUAUUCACGCCCGAAAGCCUGAGAAUGGAUCUCGAGGAACGCCUAACGGGUCUAGCCCACUUCCUGGCCUACACACUCGCACACACGCCAGAGGCCAUCGCGGAACCAGUCAAUGCAGACAUGAUCCGCACACAGCUUUCACCUCUGGAAUUGCGGCGAUCUGUCGAAUCCUUCAAUACGCCCGCGCUACCCGUGCUAGGCCAACCGACCUCGAGAUCUUCGCCUCUUGCGAGACUGCUUCGGUCGGGCAGCUUUGCCGAGCCGACGAGACCAGCUCCUGCUCCGGCGCUUGCAACGGGCAGCUUUGCGCCGAUAGGCGCAGGGCCGUGGUCCCUGAUCCUAUGGAACGACGAAAAGCAUUCAUAUGCAGACGUGAUCGAGCAAAUUAGAGAGACAUUUCCAGAGCGCUCUAAGCUAGACGGCAUGGAAGUUGCGAUGCGCGUUGACUCCUACGGACGAGUGGUGCUACUCGUGACAGACAACGUCAAGCAAUUGCAAAGAGCGGCCGUGAGCUUAGCUUCGAUCGACUUGGCUGUCAAUGUGCGCUCGGCGCAUUGGACUUUCUUCGAAGCCGUCUGCGGGCAGAUUAUCACCUUGUUCAAUGACAUCGUCGAUGCUAGCGUCGGCGAAGACAGCUUGCUACUCCGGAAAACGCUCGCAAAGAUAUUGCUUGCACCUAUGCCAGAGGCUUUGCAGAAACGCUGCCCGCUGAGACCCGUCAGAGGUCAUGCGAGCCAGCCACGCCUGUCGAUAUUCCAGCUCAUGCUACUCUGUGAUCACCAUCUGUGGAAACAAGCCAGACUUGACCUGCGCACGCUCUACGUGAGACUUCUCGCCACUAGUCAGGCUGUCAAGGCUUGCAUGGGCCAGCAAUUCGCUGCCGUCUACCUCAGUCUAGUCACCGCUUUCCUCAAUACCGAUCGAGAGCCAGAAAAUUCUGUCCUGUUCUUCAGCGUACAGAUAGUCACGGUCAGGAGUGUGGCUGCACACUUGACGUCUGAGCAUCACUUCUUCUCGACCGUCCUGGGCAUAUUGUGCGCAUACUUUAUCGACGAAUUCGACUCGUAUUCGUCUCAGCGAGUUUCCCAACUCAUGGCUGAACAUGGACCACUCAAGAUCAAUCCGGAAAGCUCAAGCUUCAAAUACAAGAAAUACUUUCACAUGUUCAAUGACCUUUCGCAUCUCCUGACAUCACCUGGCGUACAAGACAUCAUCUGUGGAAAUCCGCACGUCUAUGUCGUCGACAUGACGCUCUUCCUUUCGCUCUUCACUGGCAUGAACCCGAGUGUGCGCGCUGUGGGACAGCAUGUCGAGUACGAAUCAGACACCUGGGUUACUGCAUUCAAUCUCACCAUUCAGUUGGCAAAGCUUGUUCGCUCGUUCGGUGAAAGCUUCUUGCGAGGCGCACAGGAAUCCAUCGGACAGGCUAUCCACAUUGUCAGCAGUCGUUUGCUUGGGCUGGAUGGCGCAUCGAUCUCACACAUCGCUCUUGGCGGUCAAAUGCUUCCCAUACUUCCUUUCGAAGUUGCGAAAGAGCCCGUUAGCUUCCACAAUCCCUUAAGCUGGCUUUUGGCAGAGCUGUGCAGAUGUCUGAGAGCCAAGCAUAGCACACCCGUCCCCAAGCUUCUCCAAUCGUUCGGCCGGCUCGAGAGACAGAGACAAGACGUUUCGUACUUGCAUACGAUCGAACCUGCGAUUAGAGUCUUUGCGCUGCUUGCACAGAUUCGCGCAGGGCUGUGGGUUCGAAAUGGCUUUGCAAUCCGCGCGCAACAGCUUCACUAUCGCGAAAUCAACCUCCGAGAAAGCGCAUAUGAUCAAGACGUCUACCUUGUGCAACUCAUGCUCGCAUCUACUCCGGCGGGAGUCAUGGCAGCUCUGAUCGACCGCUUUGGACUGACAUCGUACCUCUCGGACACAGUGGCACAAGGCGACUACGAUCCUGGCCAACUCACCGUGAUGACGGAGGAACUGCUUGGUCUCCUUAUCACGAUGCUCAGUGAGCAGUCAAACCUCGCGAGUUGGUCUGUCACGCGUUGUAUAGAGCGCGAUAUCGUCCACAUCCUCGCUUUGGGUCAAAGCGCUUAUUCUGAUAUGAUCAAAAAGCUGCCUGAUCGCCUAGCAAGCGAUGCGAGCUUUGACAGCGUCCUGCAACAAGUUGCAAUCUAUCGAGCGCCGAAUAGCGCUGCCGGUAAAGGCACCUAUACCCUCCGACCUCAGUACUUUGAUCAAGUCGACCCCUACUAUCAUAGAUACACUCGUAAUCAGAAGGAGGAAGCAGACAAGAUUCUGCUUGCUCAUCGCACGCAAAAUGGCCAUAAGACUCCAGACUUUGAUCCGCCGACCGCUCUACCAACUGAUAUUGCAGGCGAUCUCGAACGUAUCUACGAAAGUUCAGAGCUUUACCUCAUGAUCGGUCGCUGCAUCAUCAUCGCCACUCUGCAUCAUACAGAAGUCGCAGAAGUCGUUGUUGACGAAGCGCUCCACAUUCUCGCACUCUGUCUCAUCAACUGCCCUGAAGCGGCAUCCCUGGCUAUUGCGGAUACUCAGCUAGCCGCUAAGGAAGACACGAUUUCGCUCGGCUGCCUGCUAGUACGACUCGAGAGCGAUACGCGGCUGACAGCCAAUCGUACCCGCAUUGCCUGGAUACUGGAUCAGGUCGAGAAGAGCAAUCCCGAGUCUGCAUCGACCCUCGGUCGCCCUGUCAAACGGAUAAUAGCGAAAGAUGACGAGGCCAGUGAUGCGCUGGAUGCUCGACGGCGUGCAGCGAAAGCUAGACAGGCCGCCAUCAUGCAGAAAUUUGCAGCCGCGCAGCAGACCUUCCUCGAUACCAACAUCGAUGCAGAGGCUGACAGCGACGACGGAGACAGCGAGGAUAUGACGAUAGAGCGAGAAGACUUUGGCAGCUGUAUCGUAUGCCAGGAAGCUUUUAACGAGAGUCGGGCAUUCGGCAGCCUGGCAUCCGUGCAGAGCAGUCAGAUCCUCCGCGAGAUCGUACCUGAUGGUUGCAUCCUCCAGGACGUCAUCAAUUCGCCCCGAUCGUUGGAUGUACCUGCGACGCCGGAUCGGAGACGUAUGCUUGACAUCGAUCCAGCAUAUGGAUGUUCACAGGGCUAUCCUAUUCAUGCUAGCCGACCUGGCCUUCAUGCAUCAGCCUGCGGUCACAUGAUGCACAUCAGAUGCUUCGAAGUCUAUUUCCGAUCUGUGGCACUUCGCCAUCAGCAGCAGCCUUUGCGAGCACACCCGGAAGACGUGGACCGUUUCGAGUAUAUUUGCCCUCUUUGCAAGUCGCUUUGCAAUGUCAUUCUACCCGUGAUCGACAGGUCAGAGAAACAAGCGAUUCCUCGCGCAAAUGAUCCGUGUGGUCAAGAUACCGUCGACUGGCUGCUGAGCAAUUUUGACACGGAAGACGACGGCCACGAUCUCGAGAUGGUUUACAGCGCAACAUUGCUGAUGGGCGAUCCCUGGGACGAGCUGACUUGCUGGCAAGACAGCCACUCAAGCAUCGACAGCGAGGCUACUGGCGUGACGGAGAGCGACUCAUACAUGCUCAAGCGGCUACUAGCUGUAACCUUCCCACUUAGUAUUGAGUCUCGCCGGGAUCCAGAACUGCCAGACAGCGGAAUGUAUCUACCUGCUGAUCUGGUUGCUUACACAUUAGCAGCCGGUGAGGUAGCCUGCCGAGGCACGGCACAAUUCGAGCAGGGCGUAGUCGAUGAUGCAACUAGUCGACUGAUGACAAGUUUACUCGACUGCUUGUCCUCCUUGGCGAAGCAUAAAAUUUCGUCCCUACGUGCGCCUGAAAUCGUUCGUUUCGCCAUCGGAUCACGGCUGCAUGCGGAUACUCCAGCAUCACCGGCGCUUGGCAGAUCUCCGCUGGUCUCGCUUGUUGAACUAGCAGCCGUUGCGCCAGAGGAUUUCGAGCACGCGAGUCGACUUUUGUACUUCGUCGAGCUCAUCAGGACGAGCCACGCGAUAAUCGAACUUUUCGCUGUCCCGUUCGAUAUCGAUUGGCCGAACGAGAUUGCAGAAGAAGAUCAUGCGCUUGGUCUGCACCGCGUUAAGCCUAUGCUUCUGGCGGCCCUCAGCCGAGUAGGUGCAGGUUCUCAUCAAAGUCAUGCAUAUGUCCAACGCAUCUCGGCGAGUCUCGGCCCAAUCAACGACGGGCUCUUCACCAACUUGCUACAUCGAUUCACUUUGCCAUUCUUACGUUCGGUCUACCGCUUGCGUAUGAUCAUCGAGCGGGAUGCUGUACCAGCUAAGCGCGAUGACGAUUGCGCUGGCGAAUACGCCUGGCUCAUGCAGCAGCUCAAUCUCGUCACGCUCACCUCAGUGCUCGAUGCAGAGGUCAGCAUGGCUGAAGACGAUACGCUUCUGAAGCGGACGAUGCGCGACGUGCUCGAUAGCUGGCUCUCGAAUUGGUAUCGGGUCCAGGAACACAAGUACAAUACCGUAGACGAGCGUCCGUUGGGAUGGAAUGCUUGCUGGCUACCCUUCCCACUGAGCUAUGAACUCGUACGCCUACCAUCGCGCCUUGGCGAACUCAUCGAAGUCACUGCUCGGCGCAAAUGUCAGACCUGCAACGAGGCACCCCAGUAUGGCGGCCUGUGUCUGUUCUGCGGCGAGCUCGUCUGCUGUCAGAGCUUCUGCUGUACGCAACAGCUCGAAGACGAGUCUCAAUUCGGCGAAUGCAACACGCAUAUGUGGCAAUGCGGCGGCAAUGUCGCAGCUUACUUGCUCAUGCAGAAAUCAGCAGUGCUGUUUUUGCACGAAGGCGUUGGCUGCCUCCUGCCCGCGCCGUAUCUCGACGCCCACGGCGAGACCGAUCUCGGUAUGCGGUAA